AUGAAGCUCUUUAUGAAGAAGAAAGAGGCAAAGCGAACGUGGUUGGAGCGUUUCCUCUACAUGGUCGCCGUGAGCGACGCGCGCGGUGGAGCGGACUCGCUCGUCCUGGACAACAUCGUCCAUCACGCGUCGCCCAAGCUCAUGGACGUGAUGAGGGCCAAGUACGACCCCACUCGAUCCGACUAG